GGGCCAAAUGCGAGAUAAUUGAUUUUCCCGUACAUAAUUUAUGACGCACGAAACUGACAGCCGGCUUGUAGAUUAAAAACUGCCACUGACCAGCGGCUAUAAAUCUGUCCGUAUCAGUUUAUUAGACCGUUGCAUUGGACAAUAAUGCUCCAGCUCCUGCUCCCUUUCCAGUUUAUCCAAUCAUGCCGACCACCACCGCCGCCUGCCAAGCCACACUGAUCGCCAUCCUCCUCGCCAUGUUAGCUGUGAGUUCCGUACGGGGACAGUUUUUCUAUCACCAGGCAUUGGGCUUGCCAGCAGCACACUCCUAUGAGCCAGCGUCCCAGUACCAGGGCUAUGCCACUGCAGAUGCCCAUCCGUCGGUGGUUCGCAACGCCCAAUGGGAGUCCGAGCUGCCGGCGGAGCUGUCAAAGAGUGCCAAGUUCUACAAUGAUCCUGUGAUUGCCGCCAACCUGGCCAAGGAGUCCCUGCUCACCAAGAAGGAAAUGGCUGUGGUGCAUCGCGAAGCUGAGAAAAUCCCACGCGAGCAGGUCUACAAGCUAUUCAAGAACGCCGGCUGGCUGAGUCGCCGAUAGAUCUCCACUGACUUCCGUUUCGCCCCCACCUUGUGCCUUGUUGUAUUUUAGCUUUUAAAUUGUUAAUAUAUUGUACAUACA